CAAUAAAUAGAAAAUUAGGCUUUCCAACAUUCUUUUAAAAUCUAGGAUUAUUACCUGUACAGGUAGGAUGCGCACUAGUAAACGCAAGACCUACGGCCAGCCAAGAAGUGCAGGUUCUAACCGAAAGAUCAAGAAGAACGACAUAUCAAAAAAUUAGCUUAUCCCCUAUUAUCAUUUUCCCGACGUUGCUAGCUUCCGGACUAUUAGGGAAUUACCUAGCGAUAUCAAUCCGUAUGAUGCAUUUGUUUUGCUCAUUGAUGACGAAAUAAUAGACCUGCUUGUAUUAGAAACAAAUCGAUAUGCUGAACAAAAAUUAAAUAUAUCUAAGUUAUCCCCAUCUUCACGGAUGCAUAGCUGGAAAAAAACUAAUUCGGAAGAAAUGAAAAAAUUUUUGGGAUUGAUAUUAUGGAUGGGAUUUGUAAAAACAAACCCUAUAUCUAAUUAUUGGUCGAAAAACCCAUUAUACAAUUUUGUUUUACCACGUAAUAUUAUGUCUCGAAACAAAUUUAAAUUAUUACUUAGUAACUUUCAUUUUGCUGAUAAAAUAUCUACUGCCCCUGAAGAUCGACUUAAAAAAAUACUUCCACUUGUCAACAAACUUCAGAAAAAAUAUCAAGAAACAUUCAGGCCCGGGGAAGACAUUGUCAUUGAUGAAACGUUUAUUCCAAGGCGUGGAGGAUUCAUAUUCAAACAAUAUAUACCGAAUAAAGCACAUAAAUACGGGAUCAAAUUAUUUAAAUUAUACUCAAGCGAAGGAUAUACAUGGUCAAUGAAAAUUUACUCUGAUACACUUUUCCACAAAGGACGAACAUUAUAUAUUGACAAUUUUUAUACAAGCUAUGAAUUAGCUAUAUCAUGUCUGAACCGAAAGACUCAUGUAGUUGGAACACUUAAAAAUAACAAAAAAUUCAUGCCAGAAGAUAUUCUUAAUUGCAAAUUAAAAAAAGGAGAAAUAGUAUCCAAAGAAGAUAAUAAUGGUAUUGUCAUACUUAAAUGGAGAGAUUCGCGAGAAGUAAGAAUUUUAUCAACAAAGCAUGCUCCCAUCAUGGUACCAAGUAAUAUUCAUGCUGCUUCUACAAUCCAACAUUCAUCUGAAAAAUUGAAACCACUAGCUGUUCUUGCGUAUAAUAAAAGAAAGUGUAGAAUUGAUUAUUCAGAUCAAAUGGUUUCUUAUGUCAGUACAAUGAGAAAAAGACUCAAAUGGUACCAAAAACUCGGUAUCCAGCUUCUUCUGGGCAUUACAGUUGUAAAUGCUUCUAUCAUUUACAAGAUUGCAACAAAAAAAAACAUAAAUAUAAGAAAAUUUAGAGAAAUAUUAGCUCUGAAAUUAUUAGGACUGACUGAUAAUAUAGAUAAAUUCAAGGUUCAAUCAGAUUGUCAAUGUAAUCAUAAUAUUGCUAUCCGAAAAAAUGCUCUUGGACAAAAAAUUAAAAGGGCUUGCAAAUUAUGUUAUUCGAAUAAAAGACUUACUACAGAUCGAUCAAAAGCACGAAUAAAUAUAAAAAGAACAACAACGUUUUGCCCAGAUUGCCCUGAUAAACCCCAACUUUGUAUAGACGUUUUCAAAGCAUUUCAUUGUAAAUAAUAUUUUUUAGAAAACUUUUAUGGAAAUUCAAUAGUUUCAUAUUUUGUGAAAUAUCUUUUGAAAUAUUGACUAAUAUACAUUGUAAGCACUAAAAAAAGCAUCACCCAAAUACGGCUGACGGGGCCUGUUCAGAAUAUUUGCCGUCAGCCAUACAUAUAUGACAUGGCAAUCAUCGUGUUAAGGAAGUCCCCGUCAGACCACGUGCGUUACCUUAUAUUGAAAAAAGUUGAAAGUGUCAGUCAGUGAUCCCAUUCG